AUGUGGAGAGCGGGUCUCCUGGUGGUGACCCUGUGUGCACCGCUGACGCUGGCCCAGUUCCCCCGAGUGUGUAUGAGCCCCGAGGUGCUGCGGAGCGGCCAGUGCUGCCCUUCUCCCACGGGGGUGGUCGGGGACGAGUGCGGCUUCAGGUCAGGGAGGGGGCAGUGUGUGGCUAUAUCAGCUGACAACAUGCGCUACGGACCCCAGUACCCCUACACCGGGCGCGACGACAGGGAGAUGUGGCCGCUGAGGUUUUUCAACCGCACGUGCCAGUGCAACGGGAAUUUCAGCGGCUUCGACUGUGGGAAGUGUAAACACGGGCUCACUGGACCGAACUGUGACCAGAGGGUCCCUGUGGUACGGAAAAAUAUCAUGGACAUGAGCCAAGUCGAGAAGCAGAAUUUUGUGAACGCUUUGGACCAAGCUAAGAGGACCACCCACCCCGACCUGGUCAUCGUAAUAAGACGAUACCCGGAGGUGUUUGGCCCCGACGGCAACACACCACAGUUUGAGAACAUUUCCAUUUACAACUAUUUUGUUUGGAGCCACUACUACUCAGUGAGCAACACUUACCUGGGGCCGGACCAGCCAACCUUUGAAAGCAUAGACUUCUCCCACGAGGGCCCGGGCUUUGUCACCUGGCACCGUUUCCACCUGCUACAACUGGAGAAAGACAUGCAG